CCGUGUGUUUCUUGUGGGUUUGACUUUGAACGCAAUGGGACAGAUCAUGGGACCGAGCGGCAGUGGGAAGACUUCCUUGUUGCGGGCAAUCGCGGGACUCUGGCGAGCGGGCAAGGGGACGAUUCGGCGACACAUAGCCGUCGAUGAUCCGUCCAAUGCACGACGACAUAACGAGAGCGGUUCGACGAGCGAGGUCGCUGGCGAUCGACAGCUCGCAGCCGCACGCGUUCUCGACCCAUCGAGAGCGGAGGCUAAGAAGGGAGAGGCGGAUCGUCGAGAGAGGGGGUCGGAAAGGAGAGAAAGCAGCAGCUCAAGAGGACUGGUGUUCUUCCUUCCUCAGAGGCCGUACAUGGUUCUUGGGACCCUUAGGCAGCAGCUUCUGUACCCCACCUGGAGCAGUAAUCCUACGUCCAAGGGGGACGAAUCUUUCUCAACAAUGCAAAGUAUUUUUUCAACGGCAAAGGGAAAUGACAAAGGUUUUCCUGGAGAUGAAGAACAAGCAGAGUGGAAGGGGGCUCAGGGAAAAUGCCCGUCCGACGACGACUUGAAAGUAGUGCUGCGGCGAGUGAUGCUAGAACCGCUGCUGGAUCGGUACGAUGGUCUGGAUUCGAAUGUCGAUUGGGCGAGCGUACUCUCCUUGGGCGAGCAGCAGCGGCUAGCCUUUGGCCGUCUACUCCUGUCGCCAGCACGAUUGGCACUUAUGGACGAGUCCACCAGUGCUCUUGAUGCCGAGAAUGAGGUUCGCUGUCUUCCAUAAACUCACCCUUCCAUCCAUUCAAUACCCCCCCCCCCUUCCC